AUGGUUAUUCUCGGGAGAGACUGGAAUGAGCGCAUAGGUCAUGAUGCCGUUUCGAUGAACUCAAUGAUUGGCAAAUAUGCCAUCAGAAUGCAAUGCGCCAAUGGAGAAUGUCUUCUCCAUUUUGCUAAAGAGCAUGAACUCUUUGUUAAAUACAUGCUUUCAGCAUCAGAGGAAACAUCUAAUCACGUGGAACUCUCCGGACAACCAAUAUUCCAAUUAGAUUGA